AGAUCAAACAAAGGGAAUGUCCUGCUUCUCGGCUGCGAGGACAGAUGGCGGCUGGAACCUGGUGAAUAAGCAGAAAACAGAGGGAGUGGACGCGGAUGCGGAUCAUGAGGGCUGCAUCACUUGAAGCGUCAUGUGGCCGGUGAUGACUCAAUCUGGCGUUGAGGAUGAGAGCUCUUUGUGGAUAUUUGGUUGUUUUCUACGCGCGAUUUGAAGCAGCUUAAUCCUCAAAGGGUGGCGGUGUGGAUUUCUAGUCUGCUGUGUCUCCCUCCUGCGGACGCGCAGUUCCGCUCAUCCGACGCAGGGAGGGAGGAGAGGGGCGAUGGCCGCUGGUGGAGCAGCGGGAGGAUGCGGAGACACGGUGGAGCAGUGUCGGGCCGAGGUGGAGCGCCUGACUCGGGAGCUGGCGGAGGCCAACCGCGAGAAGAUCAGGGCGGCGGAGUGCGGGCUGGCAGUUCUGGAGGAGAACCAGAGCUUGAAGCAGCAGUGUGCCGAGCUCGAGGCCGAUCAGGAGGCUCUGAGGCUGGAGUUGGAACAGCUGCAGGAGGCAUUUGGUCAGGCCUACUCCACCCAGCGUAAGGUGGCCGAGGAUGGCGAGACCAACGAGGAGACACUGCUGCAGGAGUCUGCUACCAAGGAAGCUUACUACAUGGGCCGGCUCUUGGAGCUUCAGGCCGAGGUCAAGCACAGCCAGGCCACUGCGGCCAAUGCACAAGCCGACAAUGACCAUCUGAGCUGCCUGCUACAGGAAUUACGAGAGAGUAAUGAAAUGUUGGAGCUACAGCGUAGCCGCAUGCGAGAAGAGAUCGGGGAGUACAAGUUUCGAGAGGCAAGGUUGAUUCAGGACUACACGGAGCUGGAAGAGGAAAACAUUUCUCUGCAGAAACUGGUUUCAACCCUCAAACAGAAUCAGGUUGAAUAUGAAGGCUUAAAACAUGAAAUCAAGGUUUUGGAAGAAGAGACAGAUGUUCUUGACAGCCAGUUGCAGGAUGCGCUGCGUUUGAAGGACAUCUCUGACUCCCAUCUGGAGGAAGCACUGGAGUCGCUGAAGAGCGAGCGUGAGCAGAAGAAUCACAUGCGCAGAGAGCUGGUUCAUCAUCUGAGCAUGUGCGAUGUGGCGUACACUGGCAGCGCACACCUGACGUUCACGUCGGCACCACCCAGCGGCACAGCUACUCCUACAACUUUGCUCUCGCCAACCGCAGAAGAUCCGUUAAGAUGUAAUGGCCAUGUCCAAGGUGCAACACAAAUGGCAACAGCUUCAGCGACGGUGGCUGGUGGUAACAGAGAAUGUCGGAGGACGAGUCGUAAAACCGAAGGUGUGGCGACGUCAGACCUCUUCAGCGAGAUGAACCUGACAGAGGUUCAGAAGCUCAAGCAACAGCUGUUAAUCGUGGAACGUGAGAAAGUAGCACUCAUAGACAGUUUGCAGGAAUCCCAGACGCAGCUCAAACACACCCAGGGUGCUCUGUCUGAACAACACGAGAAGACCCUCCGCCUUAGCCAUGAGGUCACCGCCCUAUGCCGUGGACAGCAAGGGGGCCAGACCAGUUUUGAUUCUCUGCUCAACCCCGAAGACCUUAAGGGACUUGACCAUGAGAAAACCGAAGUUGGGGACGAAAAUGAGGAUGAGCAUGGCACAGUGUGUAAAAGUCCAGUAUUUCCAUACCAGUCACCAGGUUUGGAGAUCUUGCAAUGCAAAUACCAGGUGGCUGUGACCGAGGUGGUUGAGCUCAAGUUGGAAGUGAAAGCCCUGCGGGACAGGUUGGCUCAGUGUGGGGAAGCGCAUGAGAAGCCAAGAGGAAAUGCUCUGCAACAGAGACUGGAGAGGAAGGUAACAGCAUUAGAAAAGAGCUGCCACGAGGGGAAAGAGAAGAUUUCUAGAUUGGAGGCUGAGUUGCAGGCGGCUCAGUCGGCAGCCGGUGAGAGCCAAGGGGCUCUAAAUGCAGCUCAGGAUGAGCUGGUGAUGCUGAGUGAGGAGCUUGCCCAGCUCUACCACCAUGUCUGUCUCUGCAACAACGACACACCCAACCGUGUCAUGCUGGACUACUACAGACAGGGCAGAGGGCUCAGGGGCCUUUCCGCCACUCUCAAAGCCAUGUCUGCCGACAACAGUAAAGUUCUCCUCACGCCACGCCUUGCCAGGAGACUGGCCACCGCUACUUCCACAACCUCAACUUCCGGGGAGUCCCGGAGUCCCUCCGAGUCUCCGUCCAAAGAACCGCUAUCCGGUGGGGAUAGAGGGAGAGACAGUAAAGAGGGGGACAAGGAGCUUAUUCGGGGUCAAUCGGAGCAAAGCCUGACUUCCUACAGUCCUCCGACCCGGUCACCUAGCAUCAGUGCCUCAUCAUCGUCUUCGUCAUCCUCAUCGCCCGCCCUGGAGCCAGCUGGUGAGCUACGAAGAGAGCCCUUGAACAUCUACAACCUCAACGCCAUCAUCCGAGAGCAGGUAAAGCACCUGCAGAGAGCAGUGGAUCGGGCUCUUCAGCUGUCCAGGCAGAGAUCUGCAGCAAGGGAACUGGCUCCUUUGCUUGACAAGGACAAAGAAAGCUGUUUGGAGGAGAUCCUGAAGCUGAAAUCUCUACUCAGCACCAAGAGAGAGCAGAUAGCCACUCUCCGGCUGGUCCUCAAAGCUAACAAACAGACAGCAGAGGGGGCUCUUACUAACCUGAAGAGCAAGUAUGAGGCAGAGAAGUCAAUGGUGACCGACACAAUGACAAAGCUAAGGAACGAGUUAAAGGCCUUAAAAGAGGAUGCGGCCACUUUCUCCUCUGUACGAGCAAUGUUUGCCACCAGGUGCGAUGAGUAUUUGACCCAGCUGGAUGAGAUGCAAAGACAGCUGGCCGCAGCUGAGGAUGAAAAGAAGACAUUGAACUAUCUCCUGCGAAUGGCCAUUCAACAAAAAUUGGCCCUCACCCAGCGUCUUGAGGACUUGGCAUUCGAUCAAGAGCAAACACACCAUAACCGUGGGAGCAGGGUGACCCGCAGGAAGACCAGCGCCCCCAAAGUAAGUCUCGCAACCUCAGCUUCAGCCUCAGAUUUGGUGCAGGGCUCUGGUUCGAACUUGGUCCCCAGUUGCUCCUCCCCUUCCUGCCUUAAUAGUCCAACAUCAGUUGUUUCUACUGCUACAGACUCGUCCUUAACUCUGACAUCCCCUAUAUCACACAUACCCUGCCGCAGUCCAUCGUCACCAGCGAUCGCCUCGACAGUCGAAACUCUGAUGGUAGAAAGUUCCCCGUCACUGGAGGUGUCAACCCCAUCCUCAACCCCUCAAAGGCUUACUCAGUCGCGGUGGACUCUUGGAAUGCGAACGCUUGUCGUUGAUUCCCAAAGUUUCCGAAUUACAUCGCCUUUCUCCCGUAGCGCGACUCCUUCAAGACAUGUCACCCCAGAUACUCAAACCACUACCAUGACAACAACCAGACCUAACCAAGCAGGCUCCGCCCCUUCGUCUCCAUAUCGAUCCCCAUUACUGGGUCUCAAACGCUCUUUGUGGAGCCCAUUACCCCGGACUCGUCCGUUGUCCAGGUUGACUGGUACCUCGGUGCAUCACAUUCCCUCGUCGUCCUCUCACUACUCUUCUUCCCACUCUCCGUCUUCCUCCCACAGUUAUUCACCCAUCUACUACAGCCCUUCCGGCACGACAUCAUACAGCCACUCUAGCCACUAUACUCCUCUCUACCCCAGAUAUUACAGUUCCUACCGACCCAGACAUUGACCCUACAUUUUUGUUCCUCCUUGUUGAAACUAAAACUUGCAUAAGUUCUCUUUUUCUGUUACUUGAGUUGUGUGAGUUCACAGAGAGGAGGAAAACAUGUGGCGUCCCUUUUCCCGUUUUCUAUUUUCCUGUGCCUACACUUUGGCCAAUGGAUUUGGAAUAUUUUGUGACAUUUCUCAGGGAGUUGAUACCAGGAGCACAAGUGGCCCUGCCUUCCAUUUCUUUCUGUGAUCGAAAGAAAUGGAAGGAUUCUGGAUUCAGGAAUGGAUUCUGUUCGGCUCUUUACGUAGUCGAAACGGGGACAUUAACAGACUUUUUUAGCAUUUUGAGUUGACAACUCACAUGCAAGAUUUGUUAAAAAGAACAAAAGAAUUCUGAUAUUCACUGGACUAUCACAUAGCCUUUAUCAGUGUGCUAUCCACUCUGUUUGAAAUGAUAUUGAAACUCACAUUCUUUAUCCACAAAUGGUCAUCUGCAAGUGUUUUUACACUUUGAAGUAAAGGACUAAAGUGUGCUGUCUGGGAUGAAGUUGGUUAAUACAGCCUACACACUUGAAUGUGGAAAUCCUUUCAGUUGUCUAUGUAUUAACCAAGCUGAUUUAAUUCUUAGUGAGAAAUGUGUGAAAAUAUUUCUAAAAGUGUCAAAAAGCAAGCCCCACCCCGCCCCUCAUAUACGCUCAAUCAAAUUUGCAGUUUAAUAAAUUUAAAAAAUCUACAGCCACUAGAUGAGGAAAUUUGAUAAUUAGUGUUUAGACUUUUAUUCUGAUUUUUGUUAAGUUUGUUUGUUUUGAUUUUUCUGGUUUUGUGUUUAAUCUAAGUGUAUUUAUCACUUCCAACACUGACAUGCUUUUUCACUGCAGUAUUUAUUAAUUCUGCUGUACUGAAUAAACUAAAGUGGACAAGCUGUACAAGCUAAUGAAUUUCCUUCCCAAUGACAGCCAGUCAUGCACAAGAUGGUGACGUAAAAGUUUAUCCUAAAAAAAAAAAAAGAUAUGGAAAUGUCGAGAGGCGCGUGGUUGUGUGCAAAUUGUACAGCAAAAACUUAUCUCCAAAGCAAUUAUGUUAUGUAUUAGCAUUAGCAUAUUGUAACGCACAUGGACACCAGAGCUAAUGUUAGCUUUAGCCAUCUGACGUAUGGAAAAUUUUGAACGUAUAUCGUGGCAUUCAAUGAUUGAUGCAGUCAAUGUCAGACACCUUUUAAUGUUAUUUACACAUAUAAUUUGUAGCAUAUCUUCUGUUGAAUUUAUUUGUCUGCUCUUCUAAUUUCAUUUUUCUACACUUGCACUUUAGGCUAUAUUGCUGUUGCUACACUGAUGAUGCCUAUUAUUCUGAAAUAUUUUGUAUGGCCUUGAUUGCUUUCACUUAUGUAUAUGUCCAAAGAUAUUUAAAUUGUUCUUUUCACAAUACAGACAACUGCUUAC